AUGGUCUUGCCACAAUGGAUGUCGACGGUUGCAUCCGUAGGGAUGGCGAUCGGCCCGUCUCUCGUCUAUGCCGACCAGGCGUACUCCAUAGUACGCAAGAAAGACGCUACUGGAUUCUCGCGUGAUAUCUGCGCCGUACUGCUACUCGCGAAUAUCAUGCGCUGCUACUUCUGGCUCGGCGACCCCUUCGAAUUCGCGCUGCUCAUGCAGAGUAUAUUGCUCAUACUCUCCAUGCUUGCGAUGCUUUAUAUCUGUAUCCUGUACAAGCCCAUCACGAGCCCAGAGAACCUCGGCGCAAGCACACGACCCGGCUCAUUCUGGCAGUGGGCGACGUACGCGCAAUACGUCGAGUUCCUCGCCGGAUACAUUGUCGUUCUGACAAUCCUAUUCCUCAUCUUCGGGCGCUACGACGCCUUCGUCCAAGUUCUCGGGUUCGUCGCUCUCGGUAUUGAAAGCACGCUGCCCUUCCCGCAACUGUACAACAACUUCAAAAAUAAGACGCUGUACGGCUUCCGGUUGUCGACGCUCGCGGGCUGGGUCGGCGGAGACGCCUUCAAGGCUGCCUACUUCUUCUCCCAAGGCUCGCCCAUCCCUUUCAAGUUCGGCUCCAUCGUUCAACUAAGCGCCGACUGCGUGAUCAUCGUACAACGAGUGAUGUAUGGCGCUGCUCCUCCGCCUCCCGCAUCAAUAGAGGCGCUUGAGGAAGAGCAACAGGCGUUGGCGUUGGAAGGAGACGUGUAG